AGCCGGUUGCGAGGCGGAAGCGCGUGCGCGCGGGACGUGCCCAGUACCUUUUGGCUUGUUACAAAGAGCAGCUAUGGAGAAGUGGAGCUUAAUGACAAUCACUGUUUUACUGGCACUUACUGUACGCUGGACUGUGUCGCUCAGUUCUUACUCAGGUGCAGGAAAACCACCUAUGUAUGGAGACUAUGAAGCUCAGAGGCACUGGCAAGAAGUUACUUACAAUUUGCCCAUCAGGCAGUGGUACUUCAAUACAACUGAUAACAACCUGCUGUACUGGGGCCUGGAUUAUCCGCCUCUUACUGCCUACCACAGUCUUGUGUGUGCUUACAUUGCAAAGUUAAUAAAUCCCGAUUGGAUUGCCCUGCACACAUCUCGGGGGUACGAGAGUCAGCCACAUAAGUUAUUUAUGCGUACAACAGUGAUUGUUGCUGAUUUGCUGGUUUAUAUUCCUGCAGUUAUUUUAUAUUGUUUUUCCUUGAAAGAAACAUCUACUAAAAAGAAGGUUUCCAGUGCUCUCUGCAUACUGCUUUAUCCAGGCCUCAUUCUUAUUGACCAUGGACACUUUCAAUACAACUCAGUGAGCCUGGGCCUUGCCCUGUGGGGUGUACUUUAUUUGUCUUAUGACUGGGACCUGUUGGGCUCAGUGGCCUUUUGCUUGGCCUUAAAUUACAAGCAAAUGGAACUCUACCAUUCUCUGCCCUUUUUCUGCUAUUUGCUUGGCAAGUGCUUCAAGAAGGGACUGAAAGGAAAGGGAUUAGUAUUGCUAACUAAGAUAGCAGGGACAGUGGUGGUUUCCUUCGCUGUCUGCUGGCUCCCGUUCUGUACCGACAUGGAACAAAUCAUGCAAGUACUCAGAAGACUCUUUCCCAUUGACCGAGGCUUGUUUGAGGAUAAAGUAGCCAAUAUUUGGUGCAGUCUAAGUGUCCUUAUAAAGAUAAAGGAUGUAAUGUCACCUCAAACUCAACUAAAACUCAGUUUUGCUGUAACAUUCCUGAGCCUGCUGCCUGCUUGUGUAAAGCUCACAGCCCAGCCUUCUCUGCGAGGAUUUAAGUUUGCUUUGGUUAGUUGUGCAUUGUCAUUUUUCCUGUUCUCCUUUCAAGUACAUGAAAAAUCUAUUCUUCUAGUGUCAGUACCAGUCUGCUUAAUCAUAAAUGAAAUCCCUUUUAUGGCCACGUGGUUUUUACUCGUGUCAACCUUCAGCAUGCUGCCUCUGCUGCUGAAAGAUGGCCUGCUGCUGGCCUACGCUGUGAGCAUGCUGGCGUUCCUGUCAGUCUGCACCACUUCCUUUUCCAUAUUUGAGAAGACUUCAGCCGAGGACCUGCAGCUGAAGCAGUUCUCCCUUUCCCUGAAGGGAUACGUUUCUUGGUUUAAGUCCUUUCCCAAGAUUGUCAGGAUGCUGUUCCUUAUGUCCAUAACCCUGAUGGCUGUCCUGUCUGUGAUGAGUGCCAUGGUGCAUCCCCCACAGAGGUUACCGGAUUUAUUCCCUUUAGCUGUGUCUAUUAUUUCUUGCUUACAUUUUAUACUAUUUUUGGUGUAUUUUAACAUUGUUAUUCUGUGGGACUCAAAGAACAGUAGAAGUCAGAAGAAAAUCAGUUAAUGAACCUGUGAAGAUCAAGGACUAAACUGUAUUCUCCAUGAGCAGUGUCUGGCAUUGCAGGUAAACCUGCUCAUGCUGUAAUACAAUUCCUGUAUCCUAAUGAAAAUCAGGAAACACAUAAUGUGUAUUGAAACACAAAGUAAUCAAGGACUUUUAAAGGAAGGAAUAUUGUGAAGAGCAUUUGGAAAUGUGACUUGGUGUCGUCUGCAGAAGUGUAAUACUUUUUGUUACCAUUUGUAAACUUAAACUCCCUAAUAAAGGACCAAAUUUUGAGUUAA